AUGUUCGGACGAAUUGUUUCUCGUUUAACUGCACGGUUAUUUCUAAAAAACGUAUGGGAAGAGCAUGGAGAACGGGCAGAACCGAAGGAUGCACUCCGCGCCGUAUUGCUCAUCGUUCUGUUCGCGCUCACGUUUGCAGCCGGAAUGAUAGCCACGUUUCUAAAAGGAGAAUGGGCGCGGAGCCAUAUUCUCUCGUUCAUCUCGUGCAUCGGUGGUGGAGUUUUUCUAGGCGCCUGCCUUCUUGAUUUGCUUCCAGACUCAAUAGAAUCCUUCGAGAAGACCAAGAUUGCAACGGAGUUCCCAGUUCCGUUGGCAUUUGUAGCAGUCGGAUUUCUAUUGGUUCUCACAAUUGAUCAGGUUGUCAAAGCGGCGAAAGACCGAAAUGUAUUCGGACAUGUUGGAUACCAUAUUCAUAGUCAUAAUCAUGAGCAUCAAAGAUCUGAAGAUGGUGAAUCACAAGAAGAAGGAGACGAAGCUGCCGCCCAAUCGAGUAUUGGAGUUGCCAUGCUAGUAUUGGCACUCUCUGUUCAUGCUCUGUUCGAGGGACUCUCGUUAGCUGUCACGUCAGAUGCUUCUCAGUUGCUUCAGAUCUUCGGAGCGCUAAUACUUCACAAAUGCAUAAUGGGCUUCUGCCUUGGAGUUCGUCUAGUUCAAGCAAAUCUAACAACUCCAUGGAUUGCACUUGCACAAUUCCUUUUUAGUGUUCAAGUAUUGAUUGGUGGUCUAGCUGGAAUUGGAAUCAUGAAAUUUAUCAGUGGAGGAGAACAAUCAUUUGCUGCAAUUGUCUCAUCAAUUCUACAAGCAAUUGCCUGUGGAACAUUCUUGUAUAUUACUACUUUUGAAGUGAUUCCACAUGAAUUGCAUAAUGGAAAAUAUCGAAUUCUCAAGAUGUUCUUCAUUUAUAUGGGAUUUGCAAUCGUUGUCGCUUUUAUCUUGAUUUUCCCCGAAGCUUCUUAGGACAUUUGUAUUUCUUUUUCUCCAGGAAUUCGAUUAAUUUUUGACAUUUUGUAGCAUUUUCUCUGCUUUAGUUUUUUUUUCCUAAUUCUGUGCAAUUUUACUCGAUUUUUGUGUACAUUCUGUGUCCCAUCUUUUCGCUAUCACACAUUUUCUUGUACUUUCUCAUCCCGGGUUCCAGCUCGCCAUAGACCUGUGUAUUUCAUUCAUUUUCCCAAUUCCAUUACUUAAUAUUUGACAUUCCCGACGGCUUUAAAGCUCCCAUUUGUUGUACCAAACCCACAAUCCUAAGACUCACAGAGCUCAUGUUUUUCUAAUUUCAAAAAUUGAAUAACUAUUAUCUUUAACUUUU